AGAGUUAUCUUUUCCAUAUUUUCUAAUCGAAUCAAUUCUAUUUGUACUCAUAAUAUUCACAGCUGCUAAAUUAUUAUUAACAAUAAUACUUGCUGGGAUUUCAUUUAAUUUCACUUAUAAAUAAAUCAAUCAAUCCACGAUCAGUUGUUGUCUCCGAUGGACCCCGCUUUCGCCCAAGACCCUCCUUCAACAAUACUACAAGAAGACGACGAAUGGGACACCGAUGGCUUUGUAAUCCCAAGCUUAGAAAUUGAAGAUCCAAAUGAAAGCAAAACACAUGCUUCUCUGGUAGAAGACUCAAAACACACAAUCGAAGCUAAGAAAGAGGAGUGUAUAUAUCUUGGACCUCAUGGAGCCCCUCCGUCUCAAGCAAAACAGGAUAUAAACUCUUCUGGACGCAAACAAAAGUUGAAGCAAAAAUUGAAGGAUGCGGAUCAGAGAAUCAGUGGAUCUGGACGAGAAAACAAGCUAGAAAAUUUACGAGAUCUUGUGGGUGGCGGCAAGAUGCAUGUUAACAUCUCCAAGAGUUCCCCUAGAGAUUGGCUAGACCCACACUGUCACGAGUCUCAGUUUGAAAAGCAAUACCCUUCAUAACAAUUUAUAAUCCUGUGUUUUUGAUCAUGAUAGUAGAACUAAAGUUCAACAAAAAAAGUUUUAGAUUACCCUCCACCAGGGUAUUUGAUAUGUAUACUUGGCCAUAAUGCCUUUUUGUUUGAAAACUUCUCAACAGAACUUGUAACUUCCAGUGUCAAACAUUUUUGAAUGUUUCCAACUCUUGUAUACAAUGCGAUCAAGAUUCGAGAUCA